AUGCAGCGUUACGACGCGACGACGACGACGUGGCGAGUAGUACGUCGUUUUCACCAGCUGAUGUCUCACUUUCUCUUGAAGGACAAGUAUUAAGAUAUCAGUCGUAAAUUAUAUUUGUGAUAGACAUGUUUGUGGAGAUGACGAGGGCGAGAGUGGAGGGGCUCCUGGGAGCCUUCCCCAAGCUGAUAGGCUCGGGGAAGCAGCACACGUUUGUGGAGACGGAGAGUGUCCGCUACGUCUACCAGCCUCUGGAGAGACUGUACAUGUUGCUGGUGACCACAAGACCACUCACAUCUGGAGGACCUCGAGACCCUGCGUCUCUUCUCUAG